AUGCCUCACCAUACAGCGGAGACGCCUACUAGCAAUGCAACUUUUACAGUGCCUAAUACACUUUCUGGGCCCAAGUUUACUCACGCAACUGCGUCAACAACCCCUUCGGUUAUCAGCGUCGCAGGAGCGCUUGGUGAGAGCGUCCAUGUAACAAGGUCAAACAGACAUCGUCGUAAGAAGAAGAUUGAAUAUUCUGGUUUACCUCAACUUUCAUUUCCGGCCCAGAGAAUUAGUACUCGUAAUGUGCCGUACCUACAGCACCCUACACUCAAAAAUCUCGCAUUCGCUUUAGCUAAAAUUGAUCGAUACUCUCUUAUCUACAGCAAGACAGUUCUUGAAGAUGCAAAGGCUACCCGGACUCCUAGCCCAGGUAUGAAUUGCGCGGUAGAGCUUGCUGCAGUCGAAGCCGCCAUUGCACAAAUUACAAAUGGUAUCGAAGGACUAACUCAUUUCACUGAGAGCUAUCUACGUAGCCUAGAGUUUUUGAAGUCCUGGAAGCUCAAGAGAUCUAAGUUUAUCGCGCAUUGGCGAUCGUUGCCAGUGAAAGAAGUCGCCAGGAAUGAAAACUUGCUGAAGUUAAUAGCUAAGGAUCUAAGUCAGCUAAGCAAAGCUCUCGUAGAGGUAGCUCAGUACAAGAUGCUCGAACAAGCGUACAAAGACGCCCUAAAUGAUAGGUGGAACGUUAUCAUCGAGAUAUUUGAUAGCUUUAGUCUGUUGACUGGCAUACAGAUCCCUGUGCCUACAUGGAUAGAAGCCGCUGCUCAGCUCACUGAGAUGCAACUCAUAACUUCAAGCCAGGUUCUUGAUUUAGAUUGUACGUCUACCCUUAUGUGGCCUACCUUUUUGGAGAUAGUGUUACUUGCUCUCCCUACUUUUGCUCUCGCCUAUCAACACUCCUCGCACAAACCUGAGACGAUACAGGAUGCAGACUUUUGGUUUCAAGUGCAAGCUUCGAGCAUGACAUUUCUAGGACUUCUAAUCAUGGGCAUUCCAAUGUGGAAAGAGAGGAUGCUCUCAGGCUACGUCUGGUACUGGACAUGGGGCGCUAUGAGUAUAUCAGGAGCCUGUUCAUUCUCAGCACCUGUCAUAUACUGCUAUGCGCCAAUAGAGUGGGCUUCCUUAGGAAUCGUGGCCGGCGCUCUGCAGGCGUUCGUCACUUUAUAA